AUGAAGGUGGCGCAUAUCAAAUCAUCAGUGGCAGUGUGUCUGAUUAUUUUGCUGCUGCUGGUAGGAGACGCGAUGGCAAGACGUGGUCGCGCUCGAGGACGCACUAAAUCAAGGAUGCAAAUUGGUUUACCCAUCACAGGAAAGUACCGAGAUCCGGAAUCCGAUCAGUAUUAUAACAAUAAUAAUGGAGCCAAAAUUACUCUCGCAUCACAUUUCGAUUAUGAAUAUGUUCUUGGACACAAAAUAGCAUUUUUGUGUGUUGCAAGAGGCAGCCCCAGGCCGACAAUCACGUGGUAUAAGGACGGCGUAGAAAUUUUCAGCCAUCUCUAUCUACACGUCCAUGAAUGGUACAUCGGAAAGGAUAAAGUUAAGUCUAAAAUUGAGAUCGAUCCCGCUACGCAGAUGGAUGCCGGUGUGUACGAGUGCACGGCGGACAAUAUGUACUCGAUCGAUCGAAGAAGUUUCAAGACAGAUUUCUCUAUUGCAUUCGAUUGA